UACGUUGCUGAACAUAGCGGGAACGCGGCAUUGGCUUUCAACUGCUUCUCCUCUCUUCUCUCUCUAGGGUUUUUUUCUCUGCCUAGAAUAGUAGAAUCUCUUUAUUCAGUAUUCUAUUCUCAUUGCCGUUGUUGUUACGCUUAGUUGUUCAGAUCUGACUUGCUUCCACCGAGGCUUCGAUUUCGUCUCCAGAGAAGGUUCAGUUCAGGGAAGGGAUCCUUUAUGGAGUUUCCAACUAUGGUUCCACCUAUUGAAACACCAAACAAAGCUCCCAAGGCCAUUAUGUCCGCGCAUCCACCACUUAAUGAAAGGAUACUAUCUUCCAUGACUCGGAGAUCAGUUGCUGCCCAUCCUUGGCAUGAUCUUGAGAUAGGGCCUGAAGCUCCAAAGGUUUUCAAUGUGGUAAUUGAGAUCAGCAAGGGGGGUAAGGUGAAGUAUGAAUUGGAUAAGAAGACUGGACUUAUCAAGGUUGAUCGUGUGCUUUACUCGUCAGUUGUCUACCCCCAUAACUAUGGUUUCAUCCCUCGUACUAUUUGUGAAGACAGUGACCCUAUGGAUGUUUUAGUUAUCAUGCAGGAACCUAUCCUUCCAGGCUGCUUUCUCCGGGCCAGAGCAAUUGGCCUUAUGCCCAUGAUUGAUCAGGUAAAUAGCGAUACAUUAAAAUUUAAUUCUAUAAACCUAAAGCAAUAUUUAACUGUGUUUGGAAUUCAGGGAGAAAAAGAUGACAAGAUAAUUGCAGUGUGUGCUGAUGACCCUGAGUACAGACACUACACAGACAUCAAGGAGCUUCCACCACAUCGUUUGGCUGAGAUCCGCCGCUUCUUUGAGGAUUACAAGAAGAAUGAGAACAAGGAAGUUGCAGUUAAUGACUUUCUACCAGCAUCUGAUGCCUAUGAAGCCAUCCAGCAUUCCAUGAAUCUCUAUGCGGAUUAUGUUGUGGAAAGCCUGAGGCGAUAGUUCACUUGGAAAAUGAAGGGUGGUGGAUGACAUAUUCAUACAAUAUAUACAAAUACUCCUAUCUAAAAGCUUUGCGUAUUUUACAUUGUGCAUAUACCUUGCCUGGAAGAUUUCCCCGUCUACAUUGAGAGGAUGUCUUCUGCUAUGGUUCUAUAUAUAAAUUUUGAAACACUUUCCAAGUUCUAAUUAGUCUCAGUGGCAAGCUAUGACUGUAUUAUUUGAUUAUUUGGUACUCCGUAUUUUGUACCCUAUUGUUAUAACAAUGCUUACAAUUAUUGAUUGAUAUUUGAUUCAUA